UAUCUUCAACAAAUACUUUCAAAAAUCAAAAUUUUGAGAAGAAAAAAAAUGAACUUUGGCGUGUAACGUCCGAACCUUCAAGGUUCCCAAACUUCUACGGUUCAAUAAACUAAUACCACAAACAUGUGCUACAAAGUUGGAACUUGAAGACUUGAACAAACACAACACAGUCACCACACAGAUCUCCAAGGGAAGAAGUUAAGUUAGUUGCAUCAAUCUGGUCCCCACCCUCAGUUCUUGGAACAUCCUCACUUUCUUUCUAUUUAAGGGAAUGGUUUAUGGUUUUGGUUAAACUUAUUUGGAAGAAGUGGAGGUUGUGAUCUUUGAGGCUUUUUUUCUUGGUCUUGUAAGUAAUUGAUCUUUAGCUUUUCAAGAGUUUUUUUUACCUAGGGGAAGAAGAUGAAGUUCAUGAAAAUUGGUUCGAAGCCAGAUUCUUUUAAAACUGAUGGGAACAAUGUCAGGUAUGUAGAAAAUGAACUGGCUAGUGACAUUAGUGUCAAUGUUGAGGGAUCAACAUUUUGUCUGCAUAAGUUUCCUCUUCUUUCUAAAUGUGCAUGCCUGCAAAAGUUGCUCUCAAGCAUGGACAAGAACAAUACCGAUGAUAUCGAUAUCUCUGGUAUUCCCGGUGGUCCAACCGCAUUCGAGACAUGUGCCAAAUUCUGUUACGGUAUGACAGUAACGCUAAGUGCCUACAACGUUGUGGCCACCAGAUGUGCAGCUGAGUAUCUAGGAAUGCAUGAGACAGUCGAAAAAGGUAAUCUCAUCUACAAGAUUGAUGUGUUCCUAAGCUCAAGUCUCUUCCGUAGCUGGAAAGACUCCAUCAUUGUCCUUCAGACCACCAAACCGUUCUUACCACUCUCCGAGGAUCUCAAAUUGGUUAGCCUUUGUAUUGAUGCCAUAGCCACUAAGGCCUGUGUCGAUGUUUCUCACGUCGAGUGGUCAUAUACUUACAACAAAAAGAAACUAGCUGAAGAAAACAACGGGGCGGAUCCAAUUAAGGCUCGAGAUGUUCCACAUGAUUGGUGGGUGGAGGAUUUGUGCGAACUAGAGAUUGAUUAUUACAAACGGGUUAUCAUGAACAUCAAAACCAAAUGUAUAAUCGGUGGAGAAGUGAUUGGAGAAGCUUUGAAAGCUUAUGGUUAUAGAAGAUUAUCAGGUUUUAACAAGGGCGUGAUGGAGCAAGGAGAUUUGUUGAAGCAUAAGACAGUCAUUGAGACACUUGUUUGGUUGCUGCCAACUGAGAAAAACAGUGUCUCGUGUGGUUUCUUGCUUAAACUGUUGAAAGCAGUGACUAUGGUGAACUCUGGAGAGGUGGUUAAGGAACAACUUGUAAGAAGAAUAGGACAGCAACUGGAGGAAGCUUCUAUGGCUGAACUCUUGAUAAAAUCGCAUCAAGGAAGCGAAACAUUGUAUGAUGUAGACUUAGUGCAGAAGAUAGUUAUGGAGUUCAUGAGAAGAGAUCAAAACAGUGAGAUAGAGAUUCAAGAUGAUGACGAUGGGUUCGAAGUUCAUGAGGUAAGGAAAUUACCCGGGAUUUUGUCUGAAGCUUCAAAGCUAAUGGUGGCAAAACUGAUAGAUAGUUACCUUACUGAAAUUGCAAAAGAUCCAAAUCUUCCUGCAUCUAAAUUCAUCGAUCUUGCUGAGAUUGUUACUAGCAUCCCUAGACCCGCACAUGAUGCACUCUACCGCGCUAUUGACAUGUUCUUAAAGGAACAUCCAGGAAUCACAAAGGGAGAAAAGAAAAGGAUGUGCAAACUUAUGGAUUGCCGAAAACUAUCGGUAGAAGCGUGUAUGCAUGCUGUGCAAAACGACAGGCUCCCGUUACGAGUGGUAGUCCAAGUACUCUUCUUUGAGCAAGUGAGAGCGGCUGCUUCAUCUGGAAGCAGCACACCUGACUUGCCUCGAGGUAUGGGAAGGGAACUACGCAGCUGCGGGACCUAUGGGAGCUCAAGAUCAGUGCCAACAGUUAUGGAAGACGAAUGGGAAGCUGUUGCAACGGAAGAGGAGAUGAGAGCAUUGAAGAGUGAGAUAGCGGCGCUGAAGCUGCAGGAAGAGAGUGGGAGGAAGAGCAUGGACAGAGCAGGGGUCACGGCGAUAAGCAAAAUGAGAAGCUUGAUAAUGUCAAAGAAGAUAUUUGGGAAGAAGUCGCAGUUGCAGAGCAAAGAAAGAGGAGAGAAGAACAAUGGAGGAGGCGGUGGGUCGGACUCGUCGGAAAGUCUUGGAUCUAUGAACGCUGCUGAAGAAACAGCGAAAACCGCGACGCCUUCGAGAAACUUGACUAGGAGGGUAUCUGUUUCUUGAUGAACAAUUCUUUUUUUACAAACAUGUUUUAAAUUAAUGGUUUUACUUAGGUUAUUUUUCAACAUCACGUCAGAUUAUAUGAAUCAACUGUAAUUUCUUUGACU